AUGGAUGCAAUGAGAGGACAAGGAGGCAUUCAGAUGCUGCUAACUGCAGAACAAGAGGCUCAACAAAUUGUUUCAGCUGCUAAAAAUAGCAAAAUGGCCAAGUUGAGACUGGCCAAAGAAGAAGCUGAAGGCGAAAUAGGACAAUAUCGUGCGAAUUUGGAAGCAGAGUACCAAAGGAACAUAUCUGAGAAAAGUGGGAACUCCGACUUCACAUUGAAACGUCUUGAGACAGAAACUGAGACCAAAAUUCGGGACCUGAAGGACUCUGCCUCAAAAGUAUCGGCAGAUGUUGUUGCAAUGCUCAUCAAGUACAUCACAACUGUGAAAAAUUGA